AUGUUCGAUGUCAUGAAAUUUUAUCAAUGGAGGUCGCUUUUAAGCAAUAGACCCAAAUAUCUCUUUAUUUCGUUCCAGUUUACUCCAUGUUUGUCAGAUAAAAUAAUCAAGUAUCUUUUUUUUCUUGACAUUAAUAGUGCUAUUGCUAUGGGCAUCGUACAAUAUCUCCAAGUCAUGCUGUUUGUAUUCAAUUUGACCCCAUCUACUGAGGCACAGAAAGCAAUAACUUAUCAAAACUUCAAGCUCGCCAUCGAUGACGAUGUCAUCCAUAACCAAAUUCUUGAGGGUCAUGCGUUUCAAAGCUUGACAGUCCCCAAUGCCAUCCAGUGUCACUUGAAGUGCAAAGAUGACUGCCUGUGCGUAUCCAUGAAUUAUUUCCUUCUGUCCAAAGAAAAUAACUGUGAGCUCAACGACGCAAACAAAGACAUGGAACCAGCGGCGAUGAAAUGGAGGCAAGGAGGAAAUUAUUAUGAGUUGGUGAGAAGCUACACGGUGAAGGUGAGAUAACAUGAUAAUGAACUUUUGUAAACAAAGUAAGUCUCCCAAAAUGUUCAAGUUCGUAAAUAACAUAAUUAUUUUCACAUGAUCAAGUUUUGCGGUACUCCUUAAAAAACAGGUGUGUUAUAUGUCAGUCUGGGCCUAAGACAAUUUUGUGCAUACGUUUUGUCUGCGAUAUGAUUGGUUUGGACAAAACCAAAACAAACUGAUUUGGCUAAGAGAGGAUUGGGUUCAUUCGCUUUCUCGCAAACUUUUUUCUUAACGGCCAUGUCGUAAUGCGAAGGGAACGGCAGGACAGAAGUGACUACAAAUUUCAUAAAAACAUCAUUGACUUAAUCAUUGCUGUAUUACUGCAUUUCAAAUCUACUUUGUGAGGGACAUUUCAUCACCAUUCUGGCACCCCGCUAUGUGUUGUACGCACUCGUACUUUGCUCGCACUGUUUGUUAUCGAUUCGAUCCGUUUCCGGUGAGAUUUGUCGAUGGUUGCUAAAACGCACAUGCCAACCCAAUUCGAUGAGCAUGGUGAGCUAAAAAAUCCUUUAAAUGGCUAUAGGGUGGAGACAAAUACACACCAGAGAAGCAUCAUUGCAUCAACAGAUGCUGCCGCACCAAUCCCUGUCUCAAUGGAGGGGUAUGUCAGGAGAUUUGUGACACUUAUAGCACCAGGUUUAACUGUGCCUGUCCUAAUACAUAUUCUGGUCAGCGGUGUGAGAAGAUGAAACAUCCGAGAAGCUGCAAAGACAUAGUUAAGAACGGUGCCUCGACAUCAGGAAAAUACGACAUCUCAAAUUCAGACAAUGAACGGUUUUCUGUUUACUGUGACUUGCAGUCUGAACCUGGCUUUAUAUGGACGCUAAUACAAUCGUUAUCCUUAUCCAAGAGAAAUGCCUUCAAUUAUGCAGGGUUUGGCAAAAACUUUGAGAUUGAUAUUGAAGAGGGGAAAGGGAAUUGGAACGAAUUCCGACUAUCCUUGUCACAGAUGCAGUAUCUUGCUAAUCACUCCACACAUCUGAGAGCAACUUGUAACUUUUUUACGGAUGGUCUGCAGUAUACGGACUACGCACGCGCUGAGCUUGCAGGUCAUGACAUUUUUGGUACCUGGAACACCUGCCAGUUGUACGAGUUAAUAUCCGGGGAAACUCCUGUUCAAAUUGCACCACCCUGA